UUAAUUCGGAUAAUUGGGACCAAUCACCUUAUUGUUGCGUGACCUGAUGGAUACAUGAAGUAGUUUCCCCUCAUUUGAAAAUCUAAUGACUUCCUCCUUCUUUCCUCCUGCUAUUCAAUCCCACAAACUCAUACACAUCCAUUGAUACAUUAACACAUCAACAUCUCGUACCUGAAUUUAUCAUACCAACAUUUUCAUCCACAUACUUCACCUUUUUUGAUAUUUAUUCCAUCAAAGAAAGAUUCUCCCCAAGCAUCAACUGUCAAAUACCUUUCUUAGUUAUUUGAUCAAACACACCAUUCUGCCUUUGUCUCUCGAUAAAUAUCGUGAGGUAUCGUAUUUACUACAUCAAGUAAAGCAAACCACUUCGAUCAAUCAUGUCUGCAGACACAGCAACUCAACCAAUCAAUACAGCAAAUGCUUCUCAAGAUGCUGAUCCUUCACCUUUAACUAAGGUUGACUCGGCUGUUCAAGGUUUAUCGAGUAGUCCUACUGAUGAAAAGACUACUAAACAUCGGAGAACAAGUUCAAGUGCUCCUGGUGUAUGGAAUAUUAAUGACUUGGGUAUGUAUCUUUCCUUUCAUGCAUGAGUAUCCCCCCAUCUCUCCUUAUGACAUAACUAACAACCUGAACAGAGAAAGAGGGAAAAGAACUAGAGAUUGCGAAAGAAACUCAAAAGCUGAACUGGUAUGUAUAUCUUACACCCCACUUCAUCAAAUACAGCCUCAUUUCAACAACUUUUUGAACAACGGCUGAUGACAUACUUAUCACAUAGGCGUAUAAACAAAUCACCAAUGGCUCUUGAUGAUCCUGAAAAGGCUUUCCUGAAGAAAUCUCUUACUACACCACCAGUCAAGAAGAUUGACUUACAUUUCCCUCUUGGGUUGGAAGUUACGGCGAGAAAUAUGAAGGGUGUUACUAUUAAGGAUGCAUUAGAUGCUAUCUAUAAGCAAUUCAGAAAGAAGGUAUGAUCUCCCUAGCACUUUCUUAUUUUUCAUGAAAAACUUUAUCUCUCUCAUCUGCCACAAUUCCAAACACAACGUACUGAUACAUCUCAAAUCACAGGCAGAUGAUGAACUCGAAAAUCCAGUCCUCGCAGGUUUCGAAUGGGAUAAAGACGAAUCAUGGACUCGUCUCAUCGUUCACUGCAAGAAAGAAGGAGCACCACAACCCAAGAAGAAGAGCAAGAAAGCCGGUAAAGAAGGAGAAGAAUUGUAGUUUUACUACUAUCUCUCUCUACCUUUCCUUAUCUUUUCUGCCUACUCGUAAACUACACUUGUUGUUCGGAUAGAGCAUUGAUGGCGUGCGAGAUUAAGGAUGAUUUUUUUUACGGAUUUUGAGAAUGGAUGGGUGCUUGAAUUUUGCUGGUGUGAUAUUGAUGGAUUUUGCUUGGGUUAUGAAUGAUUUGCUAUGAUAUGGAUGGGAUGGGAUAGGGAGUCGGAUUUGGUGAUAAGUGGAUGCGAUGGAUUGAGAUCGAUGAUAUUCCUCUCCUUUUUUAACUUGUUAAUUUGCUAUCUAAGGUUUUAAACCAUAACUUUAUACGAGAUAUUUAGCUAGCUGAAUUAAAAGCUUGGCUUCAUUUUAUUUG